CUGGUACUUGUGAUGAUUGUCAUUAUCUACUGCGACGCCAGUUUACAAGACAGCUACUCAAAGUUACAAUAUGGACACAGACUGGAUAGAAAGUUGAUCAAUUCUUUUGUUAACUUCAGCAUUUUAGACUGUGCUGAGGAGUGUUUGAGAACAACACGAUGUAAAUCAGUGAAUUAUUACAAAGGAGCACAUUUCUGUGAAAUAAACUAUGAGAACAAAUCUUCGGCCAAUGACAGAUUCUUGGAAAGUCCGAGGUGGAUCUACAGUGAAAAAGAGGAUUGGGAUAUUGGUAUUGUAUCUUCUUGUUCGGCAUCAAAUUGUUCCAUCAAUGAAAAAUGCAAACCCUUACCAAUGGGCAAGUUUGAAUGUGUCUUAUCAGAUUGUGGCAUUCCAUCCCAGUGGGGAAUGAAUUUGAGCAGCGUCGGUAGAUGGGAAGGAAUUGGAAUUGAAAGAUUCAUGAAGUUUGACUGUUACCAAAAUUGCAGUCAGUCUGGUUCACGGUUGUUUGUUUGCGCACCAAACGGACAGUGGGAAACGGACUUGAAAUGCGUGUGUGCAUCGAGCUGGAUAGAGUACCAGGGUCAUUACUAUUACCUGAGUGAAAAGAAAGUCAAAUGGACAGACGCCAAGCUGGAGUGUGAGAAGAGAGGUUCUCACCUGGUGGAGAUCGGGGACCAAGAAGAGUCAGGCUGGCUUGCCUCUACAUUUCUCGUCAAAAGCAGUUGUUCCACAAACCUUUUUGAGAAAUGUACAGCAUGGACGGGAGGAAACGAUGUCGAUGUUGAAGGUCGAUAUCGAUGGAGCUACUCCAAUUUGUCCAUAACCUUCACCGCCUGGAAGGAAGGUGAACCGAGUGUAGGUUUACCAACAAUAGCAGAGGAGAGAGACUGUAUCGACCUACUUAGAACUGGGGAAUGGAAUGAUAGACCUUGCUCUUACAUUAAUUCAUUUAUUUGUUGGAUAGAGUACCGGGAUAAUUGCUAUUACAAGGGUAAAAAGAGAGUCAGUUGGACACACGCCAAGAUGGAGUGUGCGAAGAGAUGUUCUCAUCUGGUGGAGAUCGGGGACCAAGAAACAUCAGACUGGCUAGCCUCCACAUUUCUUUACAAAAGCACUUGUCCUGCAAACCUUUUUAACGACUGCACAGCUUGGACGGGAGGAAACGAUGUCGAUGUUGAAGGUCAAUAUCGAUGGAGCUACUCCAAUGUGCCCAUAACCUUCUACGCCUGGAAGGUAGGAGAACCGAGUCUAGGCUCUCCAAAAGGAGCAGAAAUUAGAGACUGUAUCGACCUGCUUAGAACUGGCAAGUGGAAUGAUCGACCUUGUUCUUACCUUAAUCCAUUUAUUUGUGAAAUGUCCUACGGGCAGUAG